AUGUUCAUUAAAAACGACCACGUCGGUGACAGAAGCCGUUUGGAAGACUGGCGUAUUAAAGGCUACGAUCCAAUUACGCCUCCAGAUUUGCUACAGCAUGAGAUGCCUAUCUCUGCCAACGGCCACAAGAUCAUCGUUGAUGCCAGAGAACAAGUUUGUGACAUCUUGAACGGCAAAGAUGACCGUUUGGUGAUCGUCAUCGGACCAUGCUCGAUCCACGACCCCAAGGCCGCCUACGAAUACUGUGACCGUCUUGCUGCACUGUCCAAAAAACUGUCCAAGGACUUGCUAGUUAUCAUGAGAGCCUACUUGGAAAAGCCAAGAACCACCGUGGGCUGGAAAGGUCUUAUUAACGACCCAGACAUCGACAACUCUUUCCAAAUAAACAAAGGUCUAAGAAUCUCUAGAGAAAUGUUUACGAAUCUGGUGGAAAAACUGCCCAUCGCCGGUGAAAUGCUGGACACCAUUUCACCCCAAUUCUUGAGCGACUGUUUCUCGUUGGGUGCCAUCGGUGCCAGAACUACCGAGUCUCAACUCCACCGUGAACUUGCAUCCGGUCUUUCAUUUCCUAUCGGAUUCAAAAACGGUACCGACGGUGGUCUUCAAGUUUCUGUUGACGCCAUGAGAGCUGCGUCCCACGCACAUUACUUUUUGAGCGUCACGAAGCCUGGUGUUACCGCCAUUGUAGGUACCGAAGGUAACAAGGACACUUUCAUCAUUCUAAGAGGUGGUAAGCAGGGUACCAACUUCGACGCCGAGAGCGUUCAAAAGACUCAAGAAGAACUGGUUAAGGCCAAGGUCGCGGAUGAAGCCGGAGUUCAAAGAAGAAUAAUGAUCGACUGCUCCCACGGUAACAGCAGCAAGGACUACAGAAAUCAACCCAAGGUUGCUCAGGCUAUCUACGACCAAGUUUCCGCUGGUCAAAAUGCUAUCUGUGGUGUAAUGAUCGAAUCGAACCUAGUAGAAGGUAGACAAGAUGUUCCACCCGAGGGAGGUCGUGACAAGUUGAAAUACGGCUGUUCCAUCACAGACGCAUGCAUUGGCUGGGAAUCGACCGAAGAAGUCUUGACUCUGCUCGCCAAGGCAGUCCAAAACAGAAGAGAGGCUGUCAAAAAAUAA